AUGAGGAUCCCUAUUGCUGUGCAGCUGGCGCUGCUGGUGUUGUUAACUGCAGUCUCGGGAGUCGCGGUACUUGCUAUUGCAACAUGGUUCACUACAUACGAUUUUGUAGUAGGCGUGGAAUCACAGGGCCUCGAACUCGUUGCGACCAUCAAAGCUAGUCAGAUUGCCUCAAAUUUGGACCUUAUCGAAACAACUUGCAAGACGAUCGCCACGCGCAUCCUGAUCCAGUCAGCUUUGAAGCGUUACUAUGCAGGAAACAACACCGUCGAAAACUGGACCAACUCGAUUGCAGAUGUACAGUCUGCGCUCGGCAGCCGAGGAUACUUGAGCCUUUAUCAGUCCGCAAUCUAUUCGAAAAAUGGCGCAAACGGGGUUGAGACCUUGCUCAACGUCACAAGUGACACAGUCCCAGAUAUCACCCUUCCAUAUACGUAUCCGAACGGAACUUCGGUGAUGCUAGGCGAUGAUGGGCUGGGCUAUCCUCCUUCUCUAUACCCAAAUUUGACAUAUCGCACAACGGGCAAUAAUGGGUCUGCAGCGGUCUAUGCGUUCUCGGAUUAUACUCUCGGGUUGGAUUCAGCCCUGUUGCUCGGUCCUCUGAAAGUCAACACAUCAUUCUCCCUCGUCUCUUUGACCUUGCCUAUUGUCAAUAAUACCUCGAACACGGACAUUAUGGGCUUCAUGACUGUCGUUGCUAGCGCCGCAAGCCUACAAAGCGUCGUCAGCUCGCGAGAUGGACUAGGAACCAGCGGCCAAGUGUUGCUCAUUGGACCUUCUCGACCUGCAAAUACUUUCGCUUCCGCCGACCAACCCGCAACAUCUACAUCUGUCGCUCAUGCCGAACAGCUUGAUAAAGCACAAGUGCACUAUAUUUUCGAACCCACUCCUCUACCCACCCAGGCGAGUCGACACACUGGCAUGUCGACCGACACUCCCUUCGUACUUUCAACAUAUCCUCUCGCCCUGAAAGUAAUGCUUCAAUCAUACGACAACGAAAACAAACCUUUGAGUGACCUGUCCACUAAAAAUGAACUUGGGGUCAGUGUUGCCGUGGGAGCCGUCCGUCCUCAAAAUUCGCUCGUUCAAUGGAUUCUUCUUGUAGAGGAGACACGGUCGGAGGCAUUUGCUCCAGUUGCUCGACUGCGCAAGAUUAUAAUCGCUUGUGUAUUUGGUACCGCAGGCGCGAUCAUCAUUUUGGUCCCUCUCUUGACACAUUGGGCUGUUGCUCCCAUUCGAAGACUACGGGCGGCAGCCCAAAAGUCAGUUGAACCUGAGAUCGCACAUCCUCGUGCGUCCGAGGAAAGAGGGAUAGCAGGAUUGGAGCUAGUCGAUGCGCAGAGGGAAUCGGUCGAGGAGCACAUGAAUGAGAAAGGGUCUCCCUCCAUGUGGGUGAAACGUCUCAGACGUCCUUUAGGCCGCUUCAACAGUUCUACUAGUAACAGUCAUUCUGAACCCCCCCGAGGCUUUCAGAUACCAGGAAGGGUGAAAGAAAGGAAAUAUUGCGUUACAGAUGAGCUCACAGAUCUGACAAAAACAUACAACGCAAUGUCAGACGAGCUUACAAUCCAGUAUACGCGACUGGAAGAACGAGUUGCUGAACGGACAAGAGAGCUCGAAAAGGCCAAAUUGACCGCGGAGACUGCCAACGAGAGCAAGACAUUGUUUAUCGCCAACAUAUCCCAUGAACUGAAAACCCCCCUCAAUGGAAUCCUGGGCAUGUGUGCGGUAUGCAUGGGCGAGGAUGACCUCUCCCGGAUCAAAAAGUCGCUUCAAGUGGUUUAUCAGUCUGGUGAUCUUCUUUUGCAUCUUUUAAAUGAUCUGCUUACAUUCAGCAAGAAUCAAAUUGAUCAGGCCAUCCAAAUUGAGGAAAAGGAAUUCAAGUUAUCAGAUGUCCGCUCGCAAUUGGCCAUCAUUUUUCAAAAUCAGGUGCAUGAGAAGCAAAUUGACUUCAGCGUCAAGUUCGUUCAUAGUGGAAUCACUGAGCCCCAAGGCACCGUUUGCCGCGAGAACGGAUUGGAACACCUACAAUUUGGUCCAACGCAACAUGGUAGAUUGGCAGACAUGGUGUUGUGGGGUGACCAGCAUCGAAUCCUUCAGGUUCUGAUCAAUUUGGUUAGCAACAGUCUGAAAUUCACGCCAGAGAAAGGAAAGGUGGAAGUCCGCAUACGGCUCGUUGAUGAGACCUCCGGGAUUGACAACCAUUUGCCACUGAGGGAUUCGUCCCGACGUCUCUCCAGACUGCGUUCUCAAACUGGAUCUAGCGCAAGCUCCUCCAUCCCCCCCACCAGUGCGAACGAGGGCCAGGCCGAUGCACAGCGGACAAUGAAACCCAAUCUUCGGCAGGUGACGUUCCAAUUUGAAGUCCAAGAUAAUGGACCAGGGAUACCCACCCACCUACAUAGGCGCAUCUUUGACCCUUUUGUACAAGGAGACUUGGGGCUCAAUCGAAAGUAUGGCGGAACCGGUUUGGGUCUCAGUAUCUGUGCUCAAUUAUCUCACAUCAUGGGAGGUGUCAUUUUGCUAGAUAGUGAUGAGGGAAAAGGAUCACUAUUCACUUUGAGAAUCCCUUUGGGCUAUGUCAAAGAAUUGGUCCCAAGUGCGCAUACUGGAAGCAUUCCUGGAUCGAGAACUCCCAGUGUGCUCUCUCUGGAAGAAUUUUCCAACGCCGUUCGAACAUCCUCGAACCAUGGCUCAGUGAGGAACGAGCCCCAUGCUCCAGGCUUUGAGAAAUCAGAGAUACAGCCCCGUUUAGUCGGCCUGAGUCAACCCUUUUUUACACCAACUGUUCCAUCUUCACCAUCACCGGUGUCAAAUAACUUACCGUCGAACCACAGCUCAUUAGAUAAUGGAGAUGGCUCGAAGAAAAUCCGUGUGUUGGUGGCUGAGGACAAUACGGUCAAUCAAGAGGUUGUUCGAAGAAUGCUUGCCCUUGAAGAAGUAUAUGACGUUACAAUCGUGAAGGACGGCCAAGAAGCAUACGAUACUGUCAAAUCAAACAUGGAGAAAGGCAAGGUUUUUGAUUUAAUCUUCAUGGAUAUCCAGAUGCCGGUGCUGGAUGGCAUCGAGAGCACUCGCCUAAUUCGACAAAUGGGAUAUUCUGCUCCUAUUGUCGCUCUUAGCGCUUUUGCAGAAGAAAGCAAUAUCAAAGAUUGCAUGGAUUGUGGAAUGGACAUGUUUAUAAGCAAACCCAUUCGAAGACCUGCUCUGAAGCAAGUACUCAGCAAGUUUUCCACUAUUAUUGAGGAAGCUGAAACUGGAUCUUGA